AUGUACGGCGGGGAGAAUAGGGAAAAAAGGACAAAAGCAUCCCGACCAACGAAGGAUUCCAUUAUUACACGUAGAGAAGCACAGUCAACAUCACCUCAUGUCACUUUCGUGUGCGACAGUGAAGGAGCUGAAACGUCAGUGCGCCAUUCAAAGUCCUCUGAUGUGCAUUGCGGUGGCGUUCGCUUGUUUUCUGACGAAACGGUGAAUGCUGUGGUGCCGAAUUCGACCCCGGUGGAGAGUUUCAAUGGUGCGGGUGCAAAUUAUUGGCGCAACAUGGAUAACAUGGUUGUCGAUCGCCUCUCAUUAUCCAUGGACGACAUCUCAGUUAUGCGUCUGCGCGGGUGCCGCGCGACGGGGCUGUCGCAGGGGUGCUGCGGCGCCUCCGUCUCCACAAGCUACGUGCUGCCGCCCUCGCUUUACGCUUCCCCAUUCGAGCAGCUGCUGGAUAUCGGCGCUCUGCGUGGUUGUUACAGCUACCACGACACAGGAAAUACUAUCCUUAACGGUGGUGAAGACUCCGUCGACAACCUGGCUGCUGCUGCUGCUGCUGUUGAUGCAACUGUAACAAUGCAUGAUGUAGGAGUGGAGAUGGCGAAUGAUAACGAUAAAAACAACAACAUCCAUGACGACGGCGAUACACCAUGCGGAGUUCGAGGCGACAGAGGCGUGCAGACACCAGGGUUGAAAUUGGGAUGUGCCCCCCGCAUUUUCUCUGAAGCUCUUUCUUCGCUUCAUCUGGAAAAUCACGACAACCUUGACGCAAUGAUAUCCCAGAGGCCAGGGAAGAACGCUGUCACCCCACCAGCGUCUUCACGCCCGAGCACCACAUCUUCCAAGAACCACACACCCGCUUUCCAGCCUUUUUCGUCAUGGAAGUUCCCUGUUCUCGGCAAGGUGGAUUCUGCACCGGCCGUCUCUCUUCAACGUGCCGACUUAAUCGGGGAGGGUGAGAAAGGGGCGUGGCACAAUGGUUUUCAAAAAGAGGUCAAUGCUGCUGCUGCUGCUGGGGGAGGUGGUGGUGGUGGCAUUCCUGGUGCUAGAUGUGGCGCAGUUAAUUGUAGUGAUAACGGUGACCGUUGUGGUUAUGGUGCUGGUGGUGACGACGAUGAUGGUGAUAAUGAUAAAAGUGUUAGUCUGUUGGAGGGUCAGGAAUACCAGGGCUAUAAGAAACGUCUUCGAUUCAUGUAUGCCAUUUACGAACGUCAUGCCCUGCAGGAGGGACGAAUAAACAACAAUAUCAACAUAUCGCAACGGGAUACUAAUAGGAAUGGCUCGAAUGCUUUGGCCCUUCACACAUCUCUCCAGUGCCCAUCGCCUACGUUCACAACGACAUGGGUGCCAUCUGGGUACUACAGCUUGGGUACACGGUGUAGCAUUCAUCACCCCAACAAACAGGUCGUCCCUGUCGUAUCGCCCCUUCUUAACAGUUUGAUGUCUCGCCAGCGUGAUGAGUGUCCACGCAGCUGUACAGUGGUCAUGGAUCCAUCCAUUGUGGCUCUUAUUGAAAGGCGCCCAGUGCUCCAGACGACUAUUUUUGCAAGCCAUACCUACCGUCAAUUGCGUCGACAAAUAAAGCAGCAAAAGCUGCAAUCUUCUGGAGAAAGAGGUUAUGGACCUGAUGCGACGCCUUUUUUACCCCACGUGGAGGAUUCGACUCGACAACAGGAUAUGUGUUCUGGAGGGGUAGCAGGAGGUAUCAGUAACGUUGCAGCUCGUGAAAAAAGUCCACUUAAGAAGCUUUGGGCUACAGAGCGUGCUAGACGGUUGAAUUCAAAGGUUGCUACCGGAACAACACCAGUGGCCGCAGCGACAGUCGCAGCAGGGGAAACCUCUUCUGCAGAGCCUGCUGCGGUGCCGUUAAUGUCACGCGAGGAGCCGCCGAAUUUGGUUCACCACCGAGUACUUACACAAGUGAACUCAUGGAAUAGUAAAGUCCACACCAUUGACGGUAUUAACCGUCAAGUCGAUAACGAGGCAGAUGACCUUGUUGUCUACGUGGGAAUGACUUUGAUGGGAUGGCUAGAGGUUGUGGAUCUUUUAGGUGCUGGCACAUUUGGACAAGUUUUUCUGUGUAAAGAUUUGCGCAUUGCAAACGGCUGCUUCAUGCACCCAAUGGAAAUUGAAGGAGAAGACUUUCAAUAUUGGCAGUGCUCGCAUGAGUACAUACCUUUCAGCGAUCCCUCCAUAAUGCCGACACAUCCGUCUCUUGUAGCCGUCAAAGUUGUGAAGAGUCGUGCGCUGUUUGAACAGCAGUCCGUCCUUGAAGCUGAAAUGCUGGUUUGCAUUGGUGCACAGACACCAUCACAAAAAGAUCAUGGACCUUUGCAGAAUGAGGGGUUUGGAGCAGCAGUUCACACGACAGAACCCCCUCAGGUGGACCCUCGGUGCAAUUAUGUUGCGAAAGUAUACGCACAUGGGAUAUGUUACGGUCAUCACUGCAUUGUCAUGGAGCGGUAUGGUGCUAACUUAUUUGAAUAUGUCCAAAGCCGUGGAUUCAAAGGUCUUCCUAUGUAUUACAUUCAGACAAUUGGAAAAAAGAUUUUGUUAGCAUUGACACUGUUGCACGAUGAGUGCCGCGUAGUGCAUUGUGAUAUAAAACCUGAAAAUGUUCUACUAACCCUUGAUUCGUGCAUUUCAACUGUCACCAUUCACGGAUCAGGUGGACCUGUGGGUAGCAAUGGAUCUGGUGCGAAGGCCACGCUAGAGGCAUCUGGUGUGCUUCUUGCUUCUUCAGUGAGGAAACCGUGUCUGAGCACCCGUCUUGAGGCUUCAAUGUCGAAUACAAUAGAUGUGCCACUUCCAGCCCCGUUACCGUUACGUCUGCACCGUGCGGUGCCUCUGGAGAAGGUUCACGACAAGACUCGGCGCGGAGAGACAAACACAGACGGAGAGGGAAUUGGAGACGGCGGGCCACGAGAGGUGCCUUCAGGCUCCGUCAUUCCACCACUUCAUAUUAAACUUAUUGAUUUUAGCAGUAGUGCGUACGUGGGUGGUUGUGUCUACACCUACGUACAGUCGCGGUAUUACCGCGCCCCGGAGGUUAUCAUAGGUGCUGGCUACGGCCCACCCAUCGAUGUAUGGUCAACAGGCUGCUUCCUUGCGGAACUGCUGCUUGGCCUACCACUGCUCCCCGGCAGCUGUGACUACCACCAGCUGUAUCUUAUGGAGGAGAUGCUGGGUCCACUCCCCACGUCGCUGCUGGCUCAAGGGAGAUUAACACAUGAUUACUAUGACGCUGAAGAUGCCGAACCUGAGCGCGAGAGCACAGCAAGCGGUAGUUCCACUCUUCUAAAAACGAAGACGAAGGGUCAGUCAUCUUUUCGACUUUUACGUGAAGAAGAGUACCGUGCCCGUCACGGACAAAAGCAACCAGUGGAGUGGCGGUGCUACUUCCAAUACCAUACGCUUGCGGAAUUAGUACGGAGAUGCAUGCUUACUGCCGAGGAAAAGCGAAUGGCAAUUGGGUGUAGCCCCAUCGCCUCUGUUGGCGACAUCUCUGAGGAGGAGGUGGAGCAACAAAAACCGAUCAAAACUAUUCUUGAUGAAAUGAUGCAGCAACGCCUUUGGCUGUAUGACUUACUGAAGAAGAUGCUUCACGGUGAUCCUUCAAAGCGGCCGACUGCACGUGAGGCCCUGGCUCACUCUUUUUUUACGCAUACUCCGGAGUACGCGAAACCAUAUCUUCCUCUCCCAGAAUGA